AUGGCCAUGAACAAAUACAAACCAUUUCUUUAUCAAUAUGCAGUGUGGGCAGUUUUUGGAUCCGCAGCUAUACAUUUGCUCUGGACAAAAAAUGAGUAUCGAGAAUACAAGGAAAGAAUGGAUUUUAAAAUUUCGAAACUUGAGGAUUUGAUUGAAAGACUGAAACGCGAUGCAGGUGGUAGAUUUGUCAAUGAUACAGUGCUAGCCAAAAGUAUUCCUCCU